AUAGCAAAAGUUUUUACCAUUUGCUUCAUGGGAUUUCUCAUGGCCUCCAAGUAUGUUAACAUCUUGCCAGCCAAUGGAAGGAAACUUUUAGACGGGUUGGUGUUUUCACUUUUGCUCCCAUGUUUGAUGUUCUCUCAACUUGGACAAGCCAUUACUUUUGAGAAACUGCUUCAGUGGUGGUUUAUCCCUGUAAACGUAGUCAUUGCCACCAUAUCUGGUUCUAUUAUAGGUUUAAUUGUUGCCACAAUUGUACGCCCACCAUACCCGUAUUUUAAGUUUACCAUUAUACAGAUUGGAAUUGGGAAUAUUGGAAAUGUACCUCUAGUCCUGAUUGCAGCAUUAUGUAGAGAUAAAGAAAAUCCUUUUGGUGACUACGAGAAAUGCUCUCGAGAUGGAAAUGCGUACAUCUCAUUUGGCCAGUGGGUUGGUGCAAUUGUCGUGUACACCUAUGUAUUUCAUAUGCUCGCACCUCCUCGUGAAGGUACCUUUGAUGUUCAAGAUGGAAAUAUUCACAUCAAGACUCCUAACAAAGAUAGCCAUCCAAUGGGUAGUUCCACAGAGAAAGUUCCAUUACUCACAACAGCUGGCCCAAGUUCUUCAACGGAAGAAAAGAGUAAAAGUUUCUUUAAACUUCUCUAUGAGAAACUGAAACUCAAGCAAAUCAUUCAACCCCCCAUUAUAGCUUCUAUCCUAGCUAUUAUCAUAGGCUGUGUGCCAGUCCUAAGGCGACUGAUAUUUACUUCUGAUGCUCCAUUUUACUUCUUCACUGACAGCUGUUUGAUUCUUGGGGACGCCAUGAUUCCCUGCAUAUUGUUGGCUUUAGGAGGCAACCUUGUUAAUGGACCAGGAACUGGAAGUGCAAAGCUUGGUCUAAAGACAACUGCUGCCAUUAUUUUUGGGCGGCUGCUAUUGGUUCCUCCAACUGGGCUUAGCAUAGUUAUGUUAGCUGAUAAGCUUGGCUUCCUCCCCCCUGAUGAUAAAAUGUUCAGAUUUGUUUUACUUCUUCAGCAUACUAUGCCCACAUCUGUACUUUCUGGUGCUGUUGCUAACUUGAGAGGAUGUGGGAAAGAGGCAGCUUCUAUCUUGUUCUGGGUUCAUAUCUUUGCUGUGUUCUCUAUGGCCGGAUGGAUCACCCUCUAUCUCAACAUACUCUUUUGAAUCAUAAACGAAGGAUUUUGAUGAAGAUAUUUUAUAUUCCUCUCCUAAGAUUCUUCCAGCUUCUACAAAGUUGCUGCUUUUAUGCCAUCAUUGUUAAUAGUUACUCGAGAAGAUGUAUUUAGUAUGUAGGAAGACCAGCUACGACUAUAAAUAAUUAUUGAUAGUGAAGAUAUUGAUCAUUAUUCGUUGUUUGCUGCUUCAUAUUCUAAAAGCAACUUGUGCCAA